AUGGGAACAGACAAUGGAACUGUCGUUUCUGAAUUCAUUCUAGGCUUCUCAGGGCUUGAUCAAAGGCUACAGCUAUUUCUCUGCCUGAUCCUUCUACUCAUGUACCUGACAACGGUGAUGGGGAAUGCAGCCAAUUUUCUGGUGUGUGUGGAUAACCACCUGCAAACCCCCAUGUACUUUUUCAUUGGCAAUCUGGCAUUCCUGGAAAUCUGGUUUACGUCCUCCACAAGCACCAAACUGUUGGUGAUUCUGAGCUCUGGCAGGAGAACAAUCUCAGUAGGUGGCUGCUUUGCCCAGUUCUUCUAUUUUGCCCUGGGUGCUGCAGAGUUUGCUCUCCUUGUUGUCAUGUCCUUUGACCGUUACGUUGCCAUCUAGCCUUUGCGCUAUGCUGCCAUCAUGAAGCAUCAGCUCUGCAUCCACCUGGUUGCUGCUGUUUGGGUCAUGGGCUUCACAUUCUUGAGUUACCGCCUGGUACUGCUCUCAAAGCUCACUUUCUGUGGUUCAAACAAGAUCGAGCAUUUUUUUUGUGACAACCCCUUAUUCCAACUGUCCUGCUCUGACACCACGCUUUGGAAAAUAGACACAGUUUUCUUAUUGUUUAUUGUGCUGUCUUCCUUGUGUUUAACUCUGGCAUCUUACAGCAUCUUUCUCUGUAUUCUACAAAUGCCAGCAGCCUCUGGGAGGAAAAAAGCUUUUGCUACUUCUUCCCAUCUCACCACCUUGGCCAUUGCCUAUGGAAGCUGCAUUGCUCUCUACGCACGUCCCUCAGGACAUGUUUCUUUGGAGACCAACAGAAGUGUAGCUUUGCUGAACACUGUCCUGUACCCAUUCUUAAAUCCAUUCAUCUACAGUCUUAGAAACAAGGCCGUGAUGCUGGCCCUGGAGGAAGCCAUGGCCCGUGCAACAGGACAGCUUUUCCCCUAA